AUGAAUUCAAAUCACGAUGAAGCCCAGUCGAACUACAAUGACUUUAACGAGAUCUUGCAAUCGGAGGUCUAUGUUGAUUUGGAGCGUUUGCGAAUGUUAGCGAGACAUGGCGUCCCGAAUGAACUCCGUGGGGAGGUUUGGAAAUAUCUAUUGGGUGUCCAACAAGCUGAUCGAUCCAAGGAACUUAGCAUGUCCAAGGCCAGGAAGGAUGAUUAUCUACAAAUGGAUAAGACAGACCCUGAUGUGGCAAAGCGUAUUCGAGGUGAAGUCUCACGAUUGCAACGACGUGUUCCAAUGUUGGAUGGUCGCCAUUAUCUUGCUCGCUUCGAAAAUGUCAUCAUCGCCUAUUUGAACACCAAUCGAGAUGCCGAGUAUCAUCCAGCCAUGGUAUCCUUAUGUGCACCAUUUAUAUACGUCCUCGAUGAAGAAUGGGAUGCCUAUUAUUGCUUUGAACAAGUCAUGCAAGCUUUAGACGAGCAUUAUACCAUGAAUACUACGGUCAAAGAAAGCGUUGCCAAGUUUAUGACCCUCUUCCGUUAUAUACUGCCAGAAUUAUGCAAUUACUUUGAAGAGGAAGAGGUGAACAUACACGAAUGGAUAACGUCUUGGCUGCAAUACAUGCUUUCUCGAGAAAUGAGAUUUGAAGACCUUAUACGGUUAUGGGAUGCGUACUUUGCUAUGCCUGACUUUUUGGAAUUCCAUCCCUUUGUUUGUCUCGCCAUUCUCUUCAACUUUCGGGAGAGCCUGGAAGACUUGGAGCAAUCAGAAAUCAGGACGAUGUUACUUUGUUUACCUUACAUGCGUAUUGAGCGAGUAUUGGUAGAGGCAUACAACUUGCGACAUGAAAGUAUGGAGCGACAACUCUCGGAAGAUGGAGGAUAUCUAUAA